AUGGAUGGUGAUAGCUCCACAACGGAUGCUUCUCAGUUAGGAAUUGCUGGAGAUUACAUUGGUGGCAGUCACUAUGUGAUACAGCCUCACGAUGACACAGAGGACAGCAUGAAUGAUCACGAAGAUACAAAUGGCUCAAAAGAGAGUUUUAGAGAACAAGAUAUUUAUCUUCCAAUUGCAAAUGUGGCAAGGAUAAUGAAAAAUGCCAUACCCCAAACAGGAAAG